AUGUAUCUUGAUAAGCUUCCUAGCUGGGUAAUAUCUAUGAAAUUAUUCGACGGCUAUCUCUAUUGGGAUUUUCUCAAGUUUAACCGCAAAUGCUUGCUAAUACAAUAUAUCAGGACUCAAUGUCCAACAUGGGAAGGACCCCAGAAAGCAUUAGGACGUAAAUUUGAAAUUAAAGACAUUAAUUCGCUUAAGCUUCCCGAUUUUCUAUAUUUUAACAAAUUUGUUAAACUAAAUGAUGAGGAUCUCACAUUUAUUGCGAAAUGCAUUAUCAGGCAAUUCAUUCAUGAUAUUGACAGGCGAUAUGGUCUAAUUCCUAGUUCUUUUGUCGUUAUAUAUGGAUAUCUGUUUGGAGGUAUCAUAUAUAGAUACGCAAAAUAUCAUGAUGCAGGUGAUGAUGUGAUUAAAUAUAUCGAAACAUUUGCAAAAUGUUUCCGUGAUGAAGUUGAAAAAAUUUUGGUUUGCAAAUUUGGCCAACCAGGCAUUUACUUCAACUACAGAGAUGGUACUCAUAACAAAACACCAUGUCGACCAGAUUUUCCACCAUUAACAAUUAUUAAUGAAGAUCCUGAGUUUAAAUAA